AAAGGUGGUAAACACCACAAAUAUGUAACAUAAUAAACAUCACAAAGCUAAUAAUUUAUAUUUUGAAUAUUCAUCAAACUAACAAUACAUUUAUAUACACACACACACAUAUAUAUAUAUAUAUAUAUAUAUUUUUUUUACGAGAUAUUGUGCCGAUAUUACCUUCACUUUUCAGUUAUUAAAUAUUCGAUAUUUUUUAAGUGCUACACGAUAGAAAUCAUGAAUAAUCCCGAUAUAAGUCAAUUAUCAGAUAUAUCUACCAUAUCACGAAUUUCGUUAAGUUCACGAUUAAUGGGUAAAUUAGAUUCAAUUUUACUUUCUAACGAGCUAGAGGAUCAUUUCAGUUUCAUUGAAAAUAGUAAAGGUACAACAAGUACAGAUCAAGAUAGUAAUGAUAUUAAGGAUAUUACGAAAUUAUUUAUUACAUGUCAGAAUAGUAUCAGUGAUUAUGCAAAGGCAAAAUUGAUUUUCGACUGUAUAAAAGAACUAUGUUCGAAUAAAAACUCUACACUUUCUGAAGAAACUAUAGAGAAGUUAAAAGAAUUAUUAGAAUCAUAUGAAAUAAAUAAGAUAAAAAAUCUUUCAAUAACUUUUAAACACACAUUACAAGAUUUAACUAUACUUGGCAUACAAGAUUUUCCUGAUCUUAAACUGAGUUAUGAGGAAAAAUUAAAUAUAAAAGCUUCUGUAGAAGCACUAAUGCAUGAAAAAAUACAUAAUUAUAUGAUAAAAUAUGAGGAAUUGGGUGGUAAUUUAAAAGAGCUUCAAAGAUUAAAUGGAUUUAAUGGUAAUAAUUAUUUACAAGAAAACACAGAUUUUGAAAUAUUAAAGUGGAUAGAUAAAUUUGAGGAUAUUUGUGGAGAAUAUAAAAAUUAUGUAUCACAAUAUAUGGAUAUGAUGAAUGAAUGGAGGAAAUUAAAAGAUACAGAUAUAAAUGAAGUGUAUAAUAAAAAAGCACAGAUCUUGUUAUUAAAAUCGGAAGUAAUUGAAGUACAAACUAAUGUAGCUAAAAUAAGUUGCUUAACCAAAAUGUAUACAGAGACACCAAAAACAAUCGAUUCGUAUAGAAUAUUAAAUAAAAUUUUAGACGAUAAAUUGUUAGAAAUAAGUAAAGAAAUUAAAAGAAAGAAAUCUUUGGAAAAGCUUUAUCGUGAUUUAGAAAAUACAGAAUAUGAUAAUAUUUUAGAGACAUACUUACACCUCUGUAGUGCUAUUAAAAAGAAAAAACAGAUUAUGGAAAUGCUUUGAAAAAAUAUAUGUAUAUUUUUUUUUUUUACUUGUUUAUGAUAAUAUUUCUAAUAUAAUGAUUAUAAUUAUUUCUAAUUAUAUUUUAAUUAUAUUUAUCUAUGAUUCUAAU